AGGUAGCAGCAAUACCAGGAAACUGCAUUCUUAAAAGAAAACACACAUUGUAGUGAUAACAAAUGUGCUGGAGACACAGCACUUGCUGUACUCUGCUGAAAUGGCUGAGGAAAUUGACGAACGAAUUGGCAACUUGAUCCAGUUCAAGAAAGAGGACUUUGAAAAUGAUUGGAUACCUGUGGCUUUAGGUGGAUUUGGUCAAGUGUACAAAGUGAGGCAUAAGAAAUGGUGGACAGUGUAUGCUGUGAAAUGCUCAACUGCAAUCGUUGGAGAUUCUGAACUUCUAAGCACAACUUACAACAGUUUGCUUGAGGAAGCAUCCAAGAUGGAGAAGAUUAAAUUUAAUUAUAUAGUUCAAAUCUAUGGAAUUUGCAGCAAUCCUAUUGGAAUUGUAAUGGAAUUCAUGGAAAAUGGAUCACUUGAGAAAAUGCUUCCAACUCAUACCCUCAGCUGGCAGCUGAAAUUCCGUUUCAUUCAUGAAAUAGCACUAGGGAUGAAUUUUCUGCACAGUAUGAGCCCCCCACUUCUACAUUUGGAUCUAAAACCAGGGAAUAUUCUUCUGGAUAGCCAUCUGCAUGUAAAGAUUUCUGACUUUGGGCUCUCCAAAUGGAAAGAAAAUUCAACCAGAAAUGAAUACAUACAAAGAUCUGCAAUAAAAGGAACCUUAAGUUACAUUCCUCCGGAAAUGUUCCUGCAGAGCAGUCGACUUCCAGGAACUAAAUAUGAUGUUUACAGUUACUCCAUUGUUAUUUGGGAACUACUCGCACAGAAAAAACCUUAUGCAGGUGCUAGCAUGUUGAACAUCAUUGUUAAGGUUGCAGCGGGAAAACGCCCACCUAUCCAUGACAUUUCGGAAGAACGCCCCGUGGAAUGCCAACAGAUGAUUGAUCUGAUGCAGAGAUGUUGGAAUCAGAAUGCUAAAAAGAGGCCAAACUUUUCAGAUAUUGUCAUGGAAUCCCACAUGUUACUUUGCUUGGUACAAAGUCCUUUACCAGAGCCAGAAACAAAUACAGACAACACUGGGGAAGAUAUUCUCAAGUCUUCUUCAAUUAUGCUGUUUAGUGAAAACACUAAUGACAGCCAGCAAGGAUCUACGCUAGAAGAUGCAGGCAGUGAAACGCAAAAUUUGCUGAGGAACAUUAUGUUAGAAGAUCAAACGUGGGUAGAUGACAAUGAUUUUUCUCUGCUUCACGUUGCUGUUGCGCAAGGAAAUCUUGAAAAAGUGAAUCAUUUUUUGAGCCUUAACUUGAACAUAAAUAGCAAAUCAAUAAGUGGAUUUACACCCCUCAUUUUAGCUGUGCAGAAGAAGUUGCCAGAUAUAUGUAUGUGCUUAAUUGAGAAUGGAGCAGAUGUCAAUAUAACUGAUGAAGACAUGUGGUCUCCUCUCCAUUUUGCUGCUCAAGGUGGUGAUGACAGAAUUGUCAGGCUUCUCCUGGAUCAUUCAGCUAAUGUCGAUUCAAAAGAGCGUGAUGAUUGGACAGCGCUUCACCUUGCAGCCCAAAACGGCUAUGAAAAUGUUGUCCGUGUGCUCUUCACUCGUCAUACUAACCCAAAUUCCCAAGAAGUGAAUGGAAAGACUGCACUACAUCUUGCUACUUAUUUUGGUCAUUACAAACUUGUGAAACUUUUGAUCAGCCAAGGUGCUAAUGUAAACAGUAUCCAAAAUGAUCAAAGGACUGCUCUUCAUAUUGCAGCUGACAAAGGUUAUUUUAGGGUGGCACAACAUUUAAUACAAAAAGGAGCUAAUCUGAACUUUCCUGAUCAGAGCAAUUACACGGCUUUACAUAUGGCAGCAGUAAAAGGCAACAGCAUGAUCUGCAAACUGUUAAUAAAACAUGGAGCCAAUGCUGAUGCUAAAAGUUUCCAAGACUGGACACCUUUGCACCUUGCAACAUAUAAAGGACACACUGAGAUAAUAAAUUUACUCAAAGACGGUGGUUCCAAUAUCGAUUCUGAAGGAGAUUUGAAGUGGACACCCCUCCAUUUAGCAGUGCGCUAUAGUGAGGAACUUGUUGUUUCCCAUCUCCUGACAUUAGGUGCAGAUCCUGAAAUUGCUGAGAUGUCAGGCUGGACUGCUUUGCACCUGGCUGUACAACGUGGUGCUUUCUGCAGUGUAAUUAAUCUUAUAGAACACAAGGCAGAUGUCAAUGCAAAGAAUGCAUUUGGAUGGACUCCCUUACAUGUUGCAGUGUUAAAUUCUAAUGUAUCCAUAAUAAAAACACUUCUCUUGGCAAAUGCAAAACUCAGUAUAGAAGACAAUAGUGGCUGCACUCCUCUGCAGUUAGCAGCCAGAAAUAGAAAGCAUGAUGUUGUUGCUUUGUUGGAGGGCAGAGACAAUGUAUCUAGCAGUUCUGAUGAACUCAGUGGAGAUGUAGGGCCUUACCUGCAAUUUCAUGAAUAGCCACUUUUACAAACACAGACGUACACAUUAGCAUAUGCUGUUUUAGUAAGGUCUGAUGACUGAGAUUGAGGCCUGCAAUUUCUUUUAACUUCACUUAUGCACUUUUCUUGCAAUUUUGCAGUCUUUGUGUUUAGGUAUAGCAGAAAGCACCAACUUCUGCUUGUCACAAUAUUAUUUUUUGGUAGGAGAUGAUAGACAUGAUCUCUUGCAACUGAAGAUAAAAUAUUUAGGUUGCAGUCAUAGAUUAAAGCAAGGAGACCUUUUAACAUUUUCAUCCACAGUAUUAUUCAGAAUAAAAUAUAAGUAGAAGUUAGAACUGAACAACUGUGAAUUUGUUUAGGAAUUCUCUAUGAGAGAUCUCUUAGAGAAUUCCUAAACAAAUUCACAGUAUUCUCUGUUGUAUCACAAUAAUAACACCAACUGGAGUAAUGCUGAUAAGUGAUAAUGAUCUACAGGCAUCAGAUAUGUAUAGGGUAGCCUUUAAAAUGUUUAUCAAUAAAAAAAAAACAACCAUGUAUCUAAAUUAGGCAGCUACACAAUGCAAAAACCCUAUAUCCUGUAGGUACCAUUUAGUUUCUUUUAAAUGCUGAAUAUAGACCCCACUACCUUUUUAGGCACUACUACUUUAGGCACUCGGGAUGCUGCACAGUUCCAUAGCGAACAACUAUCAGGAAAUGGUCCAAUUACAUCAUUAAUCAUUAUGAUUCCAUUUAUUUGAUCAAAUCUAGCAUAUCAUGCAGUACUUUGCCCCAGCGGAAUGUGCAGACUUCUUAACCAAGUGCACAUAUAUACAUAGGUCCAUUUAAUUAAAUUCCAAGCGAUUUAUAUUAUUGUUGUGGUGGAGAAAACUGGAGCCUUCCAUGGAAAUCCAUACAAUGAUUAAAAACAUACAGUCUCUAGUCAGGUUGGCCACUGAACCUCACUGCUACACCACAGUAACCAAUAAAAUUUUAUGAAAUAAGUGUUGCUACAAUAACAGACAUAUAUACACAUCUAAUGUUACUUUAGAUGAAAUAUGGAUAGUAUUCCAUAUGGAGUAUUUAGGGAAGUGAUUUGUAGUUUACUGGCUAAGAAUGGAAGUGACUAUACUUAAGUUCUCUUCUCAAGAUCAAGUUUCACCAAGCAAAUCCUUGAGGUGCAUUUUAAAUCUUUCUUUCUUCAAUAAAAAUGAAGUAGUACAACAUAUACUAUUUCUGAAUAUUUAUAGAGUUGUAAUAUACUGAAUAUAAUUUAGGCUUAAAACUUGUUCUCUUGCUAGUACCUAGGGUGUGUGAAGUAAAACACUUUCUUCAAUAUUAAUGGACAAAGUACAUCUACAUCCUUGAAAGUUGUAAAAUGUAACUAUAAAACAAAAGUGUAAAAACUGUAAAAUAAAAGACAAACUGUGUUCAACACUUAACUGUAAAACUGUGUGAGAAGUACAGCUAGAUUCAUAUGGGGACUGUGCUUCUUAGUGAACAUGACUUACAUAAACAGACAAUGAACUAUAACUUCCAUUAUGCUUCUCUGAAUAAAAAAUAUUUUUUGUUUAGCCCACACAAAGGUAAAAUGUUUUCUUGAUAUAGUUGUAUUAGGAAUAGAAUAUAGCAGAGAUAGAAAGGUUGGUAUCGCCAUACUCAAGUACAGAGUGUGACUUUUUCCCUGUUUUCCCAGUGGAAAAAUAAUGCAUUGAGAUUAUUCUGUUGUCAUUUGUUUCUUGCACAAUAAAACUGCAUAUUUUUUCUCUAUGGAUCUCCAUACCUUAAGUCUUCAAUAAGGAUUAAUUAUAUCUAAGUUGGGAUCAAGUACAAGGUAUUUUUUAUUAUUACAGAGAAAAAGGAAAUCAGUUUAAAAAAUUUGAAUUGUUUGAUUAAACUUGAGGCUAUGGAAAAUGUCCUUUCCUAUAAUUCACAGCUUUUUAAAUACUGGGUUUCUAGAUCACAGAACAUAUACCAGUAAUUUCUUACACUGCAUGCAAAUUAUACACUACAUGAAUGGUUCAACACCAAGCAAUGUAAAGAUGCUAUUACUUUAUAAAUGUAAAUAUGUAUGUAUGUAAGUAUGCAUUAAAGAAUAAAAGGCAAUGCAACAACA